AUGCUCAACGUCCUCGUGGUCGGAGCGGGCAUUUCUGGCCUUUGUGCCGCCAUCUCCCUCCGACGUGCGGGCCACUGCGUCCACGUCUACGAGCGGUCCGCCCUCAACAGCGAGAUAGGGGCGGCUAUCAACAUCCCGCCGAACGCCUCCCGCUUUCUCCUCGCCUGGGGUCUCGAUCCCGCUCGCUGGCGCUUCGCUCCGUCCCGACGCGUCAGCUACCUCGACCCUUUCACCCUCCAGCCGCUGGACAUCGUGUUUCGCGAAGACGGCCCCCAAGCCUUUGGAGGCUGCGAUUUGUUCUAUGCACAUCGCGUAGACCUGCACAGCGCCCUCAAGUGGAUGGCCAUAAGAGAAGAUGGACCUGGCACGCCCGCGACGAUUCAUUUGCAGGCCAAAGUUGUAGGCUUUGUCAGUCAUCACCCCAUGCUCCUGUCAGGUUCAAGAAGCGACCUGGAAGCUCAAUCAACACUGACGGCGGUCAGGAAACAGAACUCGGACAAACCUUCUAUAUGCCUUGACGGAGGGCAAGAGGUCACCGGCGAUGUUGUUAUAGCGGCUGAUGGCGUACACUCUGUCGCCUCGGAUGUCGUUCUCGGCUACAAAAACCUGCCUGUCCCGCCCGUCUAUUCCAAUGCCUGUUACCGCUUCUUGAUCCCGCUAUCCGACCUCGAAGAAGACCCAGAUACGCGAUUCUUGAACGAAGAUUGCCACGGCUGGGCACGCCUAAUCCCUCACGUCCCUACAAAUCGGAGGAUUGUCACAUACCCGUGUCGAAAGUACGGCAGACUGCCCCUGAACAAAAACCCUCAGCUCGAUUGGCAGGCCAGCGUCGACAUCUCGCAAGUUCUCGAGAGGUUCUCGGAUUAUCAUCCCGGGAUCCUCAGAGUAAUCAGCAAGGCAAAGGAGGUAAAGCAAUAUCCGCUGCUGUACCGCCAUCCGCUGCCGGCCAUGUACAAGGGGCGAAUGGCUCUCGCUGGGGACGCUGCACAUCCCAUGCUUCCACACCACGGACAGGGCGGCGCGCAGGGUCUAGAAGACGGGCUGGCCCUCGGCAUCGUCCUCCAUGGCGCGUCCAGCCCCGCCGACAUCGAGAGCCGCCUUGAGAUAUACGAUCGUGUUCGGCGCAGGCGCGCAAGUGCUAUACAAAUACUCAGCAACGCGGGGUUGGAGCAGUCCGAGUUCGUGCAGCGCGAGCUGUGCCAGUACAUGGACCCCGACGAGAUUCCGAAAACUAUGGACGAGACGUACAAGUACAGUUUCGGCUUCGACGUUGUCCGCGAGACUCUCAAAGCGAUGCGCCAGCGUAAUCCGGACUUCCGAUUGCCCGAGGACUUUUUUGAGAGCGAAGUCGCUGCCGUGCCCGGGCAGUGA